UAUUUUGUUAUGAUUCCAAAAUAUUUGUUAUCGUUCAAUCGGGAUCACGUCGAGCCGUCGCGACUCAUGACUAAAAAAUGAUGUACAAGUUAAGCAUAAUAUAUAAUUUUUUCUAAGUAUAAUGAUAUUACGGGUUGUUAUAUGAAAAAGGCGCCAGUUGGCAUAUUGGUCUCGGGCGUCAUUUAGCCUUACGCGGGCCCUGUCUUAUACUUAUAAGCACAGAAUAAAAUAUACAUAGACAUAAUAUAUAUUUAUAAUAUAUAUUAUGUCUAUGGGGUAUAAGGUCUAUGGCCACAUAAUUUGUUAAUCAUUAAUGCAAUCUGUAAUGUGUCAACAACCAAUGAUAACAUUAUAUCUAGAUGAUAAACAAAAUUUAAAAACGACAAAAUUAGCUGUGUUUACUGUUCUAGUAGCAAUUUAAUUAUAUUUCUAUCAUAUCAUAUUUAAGUGUAUAUUUAUUAAUUGAUGGUAUUGCAAUUCCAUAAUUCCUAUUCACUCUAUAUCUGUCUUAUAACGAAAUAACAAUGCCUCACAUGCAACACAUUGAUGAAUUAAUUCGAGAAUAUUUAUUAUUCCGAGGAUUUACAAAUGCAUUAAAAUGGUUUGAUUUUGAUGCUAAACAAGACAAAGAUAAAGGAUUUAGAGUGGACAAAUUAGUUGAACAGAUUUUGCAGCUAGUUUAUUCCUAUGAUUUAACUACAAUUAGAGAGCUUUGGUUACAUUUUGAAAAUAAAUUAUUUUCCAAACUUGAUCAAGAUAUAUCUUAUGCUGUAAAAAAAUUGGAAAAUAGUUUGUUCAAAUUUUACAUCAUACAUGCAUUGACUAAUAAUCGCUCUGAUAAAGUAAAUGAAUUUUUAACAAAAAUGACUAAUGAUUUACAAAUGCAAAGUGAAUGGAAGGAUUGGUUUAUGUUGCCAUACUUAAAAAAUAUUGAAGAAAAUCCAUUGUUUGCCAUUUAUUUCACCAAGCAGUGGCAAGAUUCAUUUUUUAUAUCUCUGCAUAAUUUCCUAUCCAUAGUUUACCAAAUUAUUCCACGUCCUAGUUUGUGUAAUUAUGAGGAUGAUGCAAAUAAAAUACGAAGACUUCAAGAUGAAAUUGAUACCCUUAAACAAAAAUUAACUGAUGGAGUUACUCAACCAAAAUAUAAUACAGUCAGUGGAUCUUUUCAUACUCAAAACUUAGAUAUCAUUGAUGAUUUCUACACAGUAUCUCAAGAAACUAUAAAAAAUACCAACACCGAUACAUCCAUAAAAUCCUUAAGAUCAUUAAUCAGAACUAUUGGUGGAUUGCCUACUAGUCCAAUACUUGGCAAACAAGUAAGCACAAAACGAAUAUCUCAACCAAUUCCUUCAACUACAGAUAUGGGGUACAGAAAACAUGUUGCAACUAGCUCCAAACUCAGUACAAGCCUAUCAACAUCUCCUUCAUCUUAUGUUAUGAUAAGACCAGGAAAUACUGGUGAGAGUACUCGGAGAACAGUUUCAAAGAGAUCAAUAUCAUUAGAACGUGAUUCUACAAGGAGUAGAGGUCCCAGAGAUGCUAGUUUAGACAAUCUUGAUAAAAGGCAACAUAAAGUUCCUCCAUUUCUCCUACUUAGUCAGGAAUCCUUCAACGAACAUAAAACUAAAAUUACCCAAUGCUGGUUUAAUUUAUCUGGUUCACUUAUUUCAAGCACAGAUAUUGAUGGUUUUUUGAAAAUUUGGUCAGCCGCUCCAUCACCCAAAGUAAUUGGAUCAACAAACUUAAAAAAAGUUGUAUACAGUUUGGAUUGGUUCAAGACUAAUGAUCGAUAUGCAUUGCUAGGAUGUGAUGAUUGUUCUAUAAUUUUAUAUGAUGCUAAAGAAAUGAAAAGCUCUUGGGAAUUAAAUCCAUUUAAGCAAUCAUCUAAUUUAAAAAUACAAUGUGUUAAAUGUGGACCCUCUGAUUCUACAUUUGUUUGCUCUCUUGUUUCUAAAGAUAAUAAUAAAUUACUUUUAUAUGAUGUGAAAACUAAAAAAAUUGAAAGACAACUCAUAUUGGGAAAUGAUGAUGUAGCAGUUACAUGUUGUGCUUAUAAUCAUAAUGGCCAACUGUUGUAUGCAGGAUGUGCUGAUGGAUCAGUACGUACAGUUGAUUUAAGACAUAGCGAAAUUGUUGAUCGAUGGACCCCUCAUACAGAUCGUUUACUGUGUCUACAAUUAUCUCCAGAUCAUAAUGAUUGUUACACAUUAGGAGCAGAUAACAAAAUUUGUCGCACUAGUAUGAAUGGCAAUAAACAGUCUUGUGUUUGGGAAGUGAAUAUUAAGAAAGAUAAUCCACUCCAACCUAAUGCGUAUAUGAGUCAAGCAUUUACAUUAGAUCAAUCUGGUAGUUAUAUGCUUCUAUGCCAUAGUCAAAAUAAUGGAGGAAAUAUUUUUAAAAUAACAAGUACUGGAUUAAAUAUUGUUUUGUCACUUAAAGAGCAUCAAAGCAUUCCAGUUGUUUGUGAUUGGUCAUCUUUAAAUCAAUGUGGUACUUGUGUGACUGGUUCAGAUGAUGGUACAUUAUGUAUAUCUACACUUCUCACUCCAUAAUUUUAAUUUUUCCAUAUUUUUAUUCCAAUAUUGUGAUGUGAAAAAUACCUC